UUCGUGCCCUUGUUUCGCAGGCCCAUUCCCGCUUCUGAACUUCAAAUCAAAUAACGCGAGUUUCUCAUCUCUGACCAAUCCCCGCCAUGGAAGAGGGACAUGGAAGCUCGGAGAUGGUGACAGAUUGCUCGGAAAUUGAGACCGCCGCAGAUUCUCUGGACGAUUCUACGAUCUUCCACACCGUAAACGACGUCGCCGGAUUCGUACUUUACAUGCACCAGCAAAUCCCUUCCAUGUUGCAGGAUAUCAGUCUCGAAUUCGACACAUUGUGUGAAGAGUACAGUGAAUUGGAAAUCGGUCUUAAACAAACCCUAGAGAACGCAUCGAUGCGGAGAAAGCACGCCAGCAAAAUGAGAGAGGUGAAACAGGGGAUCAGAAGGUUCGAUAAGCUGAUGCGUUCGGUUUCCGAUUUCCAAAAUGCGCUUAAGCUGAUGAUCGGCGAGGUUCCGAGCAUCCAAGCAGCCAUUUUGGUUAUUGGAGGUAGUCCUUUACGGCCUCAGCAAGUGUACGAGUUGAGCUUUCCGCACGGCAAGUCUGUGCCCGUUGGCCCUCCUGAUUUCGCCAAAAGCAGAGCAGCAGAAGCGCUUUCAAGAAAGGUUAUUCGGACACUGGUCUCAAUGGGUGCUGGAUCUGCUUCAUAUCAAGGCAUUUCAAAGUUAUUUCUACUGGUCAGAGCUCCCUCUUCAUUUAAUCUGCCCCUUCAUUUUCUCCCAAAGCGUGAUUUUAAAUACGGCAAAAAGACUGUGCCGUUCAGAAUUCGAGUCAAGUGUAGAACCGAAUCCCAUAAAGAAAUGGAUGCUAAUGAUCUCGAGCAUCACACUGACAGCUCCAUUGAUUCGGCCGAGUCUAUUCCAAAUGAAUUAAUAUGGUACCAAUGUCGACAUGUUAUCAAAGGCCUAGCAUUCAACACACAAACUGAAGAAUGAGGAUUUUCUGAUACAACAUGAUCAGCAGCUCGUUUGUUAUGAAUACCUCGUUACGUGUAUAUAUAUUGUAUGCUUCCAGUGUUCUAGCGUAGGAAGUUGUUUUAAUCUGUUGACGAGAGAAAGUCUUUACUGAACCAUACUGCAGAUUGGGCUAUUGUAAUAGUAGAGAAUCCUCACAACUGUCUAUUUUUCUUUUGUGACUUGUCAAACGGGGCUGUUUUGUCUAUUUUCCUUUUGUCAAGGAAUAAAAGCAAAAUUCUCA